AUGGGUCUGCUCUUACCCCUGGUUCUCUGUGCCCUGGCUGCAUGUUGUGGGGCAGUGUCUCUGCCUCAGCAGUACCCCAACCCCUCACCUCUGCUCUCCCGGGGUUGUAACAACUCCGAUGUGCUGGCAGUCGCAGGCUUUGCCCUGCAGGACAUCAACAAUGACCGAAAGGAUGGCUAUGUGCUGAGCCUCGACCGAGUGAACGAUGUCCGGGAACACAGACAGGAUGGCCUGGGCUCUCUGUUCUACCUCACGCUGGACGUGUUGGAGACUGACUGCCAUGUGCUCAGCAGGAAGGCGUGGAAGGACUGUAGGGUGAGGAGCCUUCAUCAGUCGGUUUAUGGUCAAUGCAAAGCAAUGUUUUACAUUAACAAGCCAGGAAGAGUUCUCUAUUUACCUGCUUUUAACUGUACUCUUCGCCCAGUUUCCCGAAGAAAAAUUCACCGUAUGUGCCCUGACUGCCCCAGCCCCACUGACUUGUCAGAUCCCAGGGUUUUGGAAGCUGCCACUGAGUCUCUUGCAAAAUUCAACAACGAAGGCACCUCGAAGCAGUAUUCUCUCAUCAAAGUCACCAGGGCUUCUAGCCAGUGGGUGUUUGGCCCUGCUUACUUUGUGGAAUAUUUAGUGAAAGAGUCACCGUGUACCAAAUCUCAGGAUAGCAGCUGCUCAUAUCAGUCCUCUGAAUCUGUG